AUGGGCCACGACAAUGAUGGAGUUGUGGAAAGGCAACUUGAGGCUCCUAUGCCAUGGAUAGGCAUGUAUGUUGCAGCAGCCUCUCUAGUCUGCUCUCUGGCAAUGGCAGCCGACGUGUUCCAUGGAUUCCGAACCAAGAAGUUAUGGUUCCCAUCGAAGUAUUUCGCGAUCAAUGCUACUUCUUUGUCAUUAUUAGCAGUGGCAAUGAAGCUGCCCGUUGAUCUUUCGACUCGUAUGUGGGCUGGUGCUGAUAGGCUUGCAAAGGUCACUAGCCUAAUUUUCCUGUCAACUGCUAUGGGAAACUUCAUGACAUCUUUGGGAUCCAUGAAUGAUAAAGAGAUUCUGCUAAAUGUAAUUGCUUUAGCCAUGCUUGCUAUCACAGUCGUUGUUAAUGUCUGUAUCCAAAUCAUCCAAAUGAGGCAUUUUCUGGACCAUCGAGAAAUGUUGGUCGAGGAAAUUAUAGCUAAUUUGUCCAUCCUCUUUUUGCUUGUUAUGUUAUCUGCUUCAGCUGUAAUUGUCCCGACGACCAAACAAUAUCUCGAAUUGAAGUACCAAGAAAUGGUGAAAAAGGCUUCAGAGGAAGAACUCGAGCAGCCUGUCGACUUUGAGAAACUCUCAACGGACAAACUGCGACAAAUGAUCAAGAAAUGCUGGGUGAUGGCAGAAACUAGUAGCCCUCAAUUCGUGAUUGUACGUUCUGUGACCUGUUCGACUUCUAGCGUCAUUUGUCUGGUGAUUGCUUUCAUUUUCGCAGAAGCUCAGGCUCACACGGCCGCAAAGCAUAAAUCAUUCAUCGAAACAGCUUCUAGCUAUGCUUGGUCGACAACUUGGAUAGAACUUGCACAAUCUGCUGGAGUGAUUUUGGGUACAAUUGCCCAUGGAUUCAGAUGGUUGACUGCAGUAAAUUUCGCUCACUCAGCAAAAGGCCUGAUGAGCUUUAAGACUGCAUUCAAAAUCGAGAGUUACUGGACACAGAGGCUGGUGGAGUGGAAGAAAAGCUCUUUGCCAUUGGAAAUUAGAGACAGGAAGUGGAGAAAAGUUCUUCAUGGUGCAAAAGGACUAGUUCUGAGUUUUGUUAUUAAAGUUCAGAUCUUGAUUGUCCUACACAGCAAAUUAGUCCAACUUAUCUCUGUAUGUUUUGUGAGUCGAAUCAUCUUGUGUUUCCACUGCAUCAAAGGGUUGAAGAAUAAAUCCACCUCUAGCACAUCCGAUAUUCAUGGGUUUUCAGAAUCGGAAUCAGGGGUUGAUACAGAACAGGAUCUUGCCUGUUAUGUUCUGCUACUAGAAGGUGAAGUCGAGCAGCCUCCAAAGACUCUUAAAAACAUCUGCAACAAGGUUGAUGAAGUGAUCGAGACGGGCAAAAAUCAGCAACGGAAGAACCUGAAAAACCUUUUACUUAAAAUUGAAAACUUCAGCAGCUUGACAGGAAUUUAUGAUUAUCAAGUACCCAAUCUGCAUUCUCAGGAACCUCCUAAUUGCUGGUCUUUACAUCUCGUGACCUUGACAAGUAUUGCAAUAGCACUUCCAAACGUUCCAGUACACAGUACUAAGUGGUUACUUACCAGCGUUAAUGAAGGCAUGUUCUAUGUAAAACUUAUCGAGAAAUGCCUGGAUAGAAAUGGGGUUCGACUAAACAUCCGAAAUGCAUCAGAUGUCGUGUGGGUAGAAGUCGAACUAGAUCAAAAAUGGCUAUGCAAAGAUCUCCAUGAAAUGUCUAAUAAAGGCCGAAACUCCAAGGAGACAUUACAAGAACUCUCUGAUCAAGCGGAAAACACAGUAAUGGAGUUCAAGAGAAAUGCGAAUGAUUGCCGUAUGAAAAACCCUCUUAAUUGGCCAGUCGAGGUUAUAGCUGCUAAUUCAAUGUACAGAAUGACAAGAACUAUUUUACUAGUACUUGAAAGCGAGGAUCACCUAACGGAUGAAGGCUUAUUCAACCAAUUAUCCACAAUGAUAGCAGAUGUAAUGGCAGCAUGUCUAAACAAUUUAACGCGUGUUAUAACCAUGAAAUGUCAGCAGAAUGCCAUAGAAGAGAGGGAGAAGAGUGUCCAUCAAGCAGCUCUCCUGUUAGGUCAAACUGAAGAAAUUCUCCAUAUUCUUCAGCAGCAUGAAGAACGUAGUUCGAAUAUGGAGAAAUCAGCUUAUAUCGAAAAAUGGCUUGUACUUAUGGAGCAUGGAAAUUAG